AUGACCCGUCACCACCAAACCCUCUCCACAUCAACCUUCGACUUGGUCGACCGCUACACCACAUCCUGGCUCCUCCCGCCGACCGUCCUCUGCGCCACCCGCGCACUAAUCUCCCUCUACGCCUUCGCGACCAUCCUCUUCCUGCUGCUGUGGGACACCGCGCACGGCAACGCGAAAGCCGCCCGGCAGUCCUUCAGCUUCUUCACCAACCUCACCUUCUGGGGCAUCGCCUUCUACUUCGCCUUCGCCGCUGCACACACAGGGAGCUAUGCGUUCCGGGGCCGGAGUUGGCUGAGCAGAUGGCCGAGGGCGUUGCAGGAGAUGCACGGGGUUUUCUAUAGCACUGUGGUUGUGUUCCCGUUUUUGGUGACGAUCGUGUUUUGGGCUCUCCUCUACUCCUCCUUCCCAACGCCCUACGUUACGUGGCGCAACGUUUCGACCCACGCGCUCAACUCCGUCUUCGCUCUCUUGGAAAUCAUAAUCCCCCGCACCCAGCCGAUGCCCUGGUGGCACCUCAUCCCGCUUGUUAUAUUGCUGGCCAUGUAUCUCGGAGUCGCCUUCGUAACGUACGCAACGCAAGGCUUCUUCGUGUACGGCUUCCUGGACUGGCGCAGCAGUUCCGGCGGCACCGUGGCGGGGUACGUGGUUGGAAUCUUGGCGGCUAUGUGCGUCUUGUUCGUCGUCGUAAGAUAUCUCAUCUGGAUCCGCGUCUGGGCGACGGAGAAGAAGGGGGGGAUGAUGGGGAAGAGGAGUGCAAGGGAGUCGAGACGACAGCUUCAUUCAUACGCCGGCGCAACGAAGGAUGCCGAGAUGGCGAGUUUUAUGAACCACGUGAGAUGA